AUGAGCAGUGGGGCGAACCCUCCCAACUCGUCGUCGUCCUCAUCGGGAACGAACGUGUUUGGCUCGUUGCCCAAGGCCGGUUUCCUGCGCCGCGGAUCGAACAAGCUCGCUCUCAAAACUCCGACGCCCUCGCUUCAUCAGGCCGAGAGCGAGCAGGCGGGACCGUUAGCGAAUGGUUCGUAUCGCUUCGAGUCGAGCAAGCAUCCGACCCUGACCUUGACCAACGAGAAUGAGGAUUCCCUUUACGGGAUCAACCCCGUCAGUCCACCGUGGACGCUCCUCGGCGACGAUGACGUGCAGUGA